CGGAGGGUGCCUGCAGUCAGGAACAGUGGGACAGUCCUCUGCACACAUGGAUGCAGAAACCAUGUCAUUGUAGUGAUUGUGACAGAGACAAUGGCGGCUACAGCCGAGUGUAACAGUGUUUGCGGUUGUGCAAAGGAGAAGGUCGCAGAGUGUUGGUACAUUAUCUUGCUGCAGCACGGGGCCAGAGGAAUGAUCUUCGACAUAAAAGAGAUUGCGGACGGACAGGAAGUUGUAGCAGUAAAAACUAAAGUAGGGGGAAGUACAGUUAGGGAAACUAUUGUACUGAAAACUGCAGCAGUGGAAACCGCAGCAGUAGAAACUACAGCAGCGGAAACUGGAGUAGUGGAAACUGAACCAGUGGAAUCUGGAGCAAUGGAAACUGCAGCAGUGGACACUGCAGCAGCGGAAAUCGCAACAGUGGACACUGCAACAGUGGAAACUGAAGCAGUGGAAACUGCAGCAGUGGAAAUCGCAACAGUGGACACUGCAGCAGUGGACACUGCAGGAGUGGAGACUGCAGCAUUGGAAACUGCAAGAGUGGGGACUGCAGCAGUGGAAACUGCAGUAGCAGCAGAUGAGCAAGCAGGGGCAGGACGAGAGCAUCUGGUUUGUGGAUUAGGAAGAGGUGUAACGGAUGGAGACAAAACCAGGGGAGGUAGGAGUGGUGAAGACAGGGGUGGUAGAGUUGUCGGAAGGUGGGUAACAGACGACGAUAAAACCAGGGGAAAUAUAGGCGGUGAAGACGGGGAGGAUGAAGUCAGGGGUGGUGAAGUGGCUGAAGCAGAGACAGGGGGGGCAGUCGUAGGUGAGACUCGAAGAGGGGAUUUUGCAAGUGGUAAUGCAGGCAUGGUCACGGAUGCCAUGGAGGAAAGCACCGAGACCAAGGGCGACAAAGCAGUUGCGGUGGUCACGGAUGUCAUGGAGGAACACACCGAGACCAAGGGCGACACAACAGCUGCGGUGGCACCGGAUGCCAUGGAGGAACACACCGAGACCAUGGGCGACACGGCAGCUGCGGGUCGAGUUGCUCCCGCAGAAUCAAUCAUAGAAGCAACCAAGGCCGAUGAGGAAGAGGCUGCGAACCGAAAAGGGGCAGCCAGGGUCACAAACGAUAUGGAAGGGGUUACUAAGACUGAUGAGGACGCAGGUGCAGUAGACGCAGGUAAGGAAGAAGAGGUUGUGAUAGGUGUGACAGGCGCCGAUAAUGAAGAAGGGGUUGUGAGAGGCGUAGUCCGAGGACAGUGUGUGGAUACCCGAGAAAGCGGGUGAUGAAUAGAUCAUCGAAGCAUGCUGCGGAACCAGCUGGAGAGGCAGGUCACGUGCGCAGGGUACCUGUGUUGACGUUUACGAAUAUAGGAAGU